AUGGCAUUGUUAAGCCAAUGGAAGGACGAGCUUGAGACUCAUUCGAAGCCUGACACAGUAUCUGUGUUAGUUUACUAUGGAGGGGACAGAACACAUGACGCAAAAGAAAUAGCAAGUCAUGAUGUUGUCUUGACAACUUAUGGUGUCUUAACCUCUGCUUACAAGCAGGAUAUGGGGAACAGUGUUUUCCACAGGAUUGAUUGGUAUAGGAUUGUUCUUGAUGAAGCUCACACGAUCAAAUCAUGGAAAACUCAAGGUGCUAAAGCUACGUUUGAGCUGUCUUCACACUGCAGAUGGUGUAUGACAGGGACUCCCUUACAAAACAAGCUUGAAGAUCUUUACAGUCUUUUAUGCUUCCUUCAUGUCGAACCAUGGUGCAAUUGGGCUUGGUGGAGUAAGUUGAUUCAAAAGCCUUAUGAGAAUGGCGAUCCACGAGGACUGAAAAUGAUCAAAGCAAUUUUGAGGCCAUUGAUGCUGAGAAGAACAAAGGAAACAAGGGACAAAGAAGGAAGUCUAAUUCUUGAACUUCCUCCAAUGGAUAUCCAAGUCAUUGAAUGUGAACAAUCUGAAGCAGAACGGGAAUUAUACACCGCUCUUUACAAAAGAUCCAAAGUCCAACUUGACCAGUUUAUGGCACAAGUAAGAGUUCCUCACAACUAUGCAAACAUCCUUGAGCUCUUUCUCCGUCUACGUCAGUGUUGCAACCACCCUUUUCUAGUUAUGAGCCGGGCAGAUUCACAAAAAUACGCUGACUUAGACAGCCUCGCAAGGAGGUUUCUUGAUAACAACACUGACUCAGUUUCCCAAAGCGAGCUUGAUGUUGUCAAGAACUGGAAGGAGUCUUCUAAAGUUUCAGAGCUGCUCAAAUGCUUAGAGAAGAUCAACACGGCCGGUACUGGAGAGAAGAGCAUUGUCUUUAGCCAGUGGACUUCGUUUUUGGAUCUUCUGGAGAUUCCGUUGCGAAGAAGAGGAAUCGAGUUUCUUAGAUUCGAUGGAAAGCUUUCUCAGAAAGGGAGAAAAAAAGUCUUGAAAGAGUUCAAUGAAACCAAACAGAAAACAAUUCUGCUUAUGUCUCUGAAAGCUGGAGGAGUUGGUCUGAAUCUAACAGCAGCAUCAAACGUCUUCUUAAUGGAUCCAUGGUGGAAUCCAGCGGUUGAAGAGCAAGCGAUCAUGAGAAUUCAUCGAAUCGGGCAGAAAAGAAGGGUAUGCGUCAGAAGAUUCAUUGUCAAGGGUACAGUGGAGGAACGGAUGCAGCAAGUUCAGGCGAGGAAGCAGAGGAUGAUUGCCGGAGCUUUGACCGAUGAAGAAGUCCGGUCGGCGAGACUUGAGGAGCUCGAAAUGUUGUUCCGAUGA